AUGGCUCAGCUUAGCUCGGCUUGGAAUCGGAUGUUAAGCAAGGUUCAUUCAUUCAGGUUGAAGCUUCCGGAGGAGUUCAUCGUGGAAGAUCAGAAUAGUUGUGAUGUUACGCUACGUUCGUUCAUUCAGUGUCAAAGAAUGCACGCAUGGCUGGGGCUGAAGCUUCCAGAGGAGUUCAUCAUGGAAGAUGUCAGGCUACGUUCAUUCAUUCAGAGGCAAAGAAUUCACGCCUGGCUGGGAUACGUUUUAUUUUUUUUUCUCUGUAAUUUAAAAAUAAGAGGACUGGCACCAGUUUUGGAGGACAACGUAGGAACCGGAAAGCAUUCAACAUUCUGUCUUUGUCGAAUGGACGACGGAAGAAUCAGCGCGUUGGCUGUUCGACUGACGCUCAGAAGUUCGGAUGAAAUCUUGUGUGCCGAUCUGAAUGUGGUGGUCGGUGCGAAUGAUGAGAGGUGGGCUGUGGUGGGCGUCAGCACGUUUCACAUAUUGGUCUCAUGA